AUCUCCAGUUGGAAGGGACACAUAAGGAUCAUCGAGUCCAACUCCCUGCUCCUCGCCCGACUACCUAAAACUAAAUCAAAUGACUUAGAGCGUUGUCCAGGUGCUCUUUGAACUCUGACAGGCUUGGUGCCCUGACCACUUCCCUGGGGAGCCUGUUUGAGUGACCAACCACGGUCUCAGUGAAGAACCUUUUCCUAAUGUCCAAUCUGAACUUCCCCUGACACAGCUUCAUUCCAUUUCCUUGUGUCCUGUCUCUGGUCACCAGAGAGAGAUCAGCACCUCCCUUUCCACUGCCCCCCUUGAGGAAGUUGUAGACUGCGAUGAGGUCACCUCUCAGCCUUCUCUUUUCCAAGCUGAACAAACCAAGUGACCUCAGCCACUCCUUCCUUCAGCACAGGAGCCGGGAUGCUCAUGGAUGUUCUGAGGUGAAUAUAAAAAACAAUUCUGUGAAACCAGAUCAGCACAGAUCUUACCCAUGCUCAUACAAGGACUGCAACAGAAAGGAGCUUUUGCCAGUUUCAUGUCCUUACUGUGAAAAACAUUUUUGUCUAAGACACCGGCAUCAAUCAGACCAUGAAUGUGAGAAACUGGACACACCAAAACCUCGAAUGGCUGCCACCCAGCAGCUAGUUAAACAUAUUACAGAUUCUAAAAAAAAUGAGGAAGCAAAAAGCAAAAAACGCAAAGGAGCAAAAAACAGUGAGACAGCAGCAAAAGUGGCAUUAAUGAAACUGAAAAUGCACGCUUGUGGGGACAAGUCCUUGCCUCAGACAGAAAGAAUUUACUUUCAAGUAUUUUUACCGAAGGGGAACAAAGAGAAAAGCAGGCCCAUGUUCUUUUGCAGUAAGUGGAGUAUUGGCAAAGUAGUAGAUUUUGCAGCUUCCUUAGCAAGCCUUAAAAAUGACAACAACAAAUCAACAUCCCAGAAAUUGAGAUUAUGCCAUACUGCCUCUGGAGAAGCUUUGCCAUUUGAGCACACAUUGGAAACAUGGCUAUCUGAUAAAGACUAUCCAUUGUACAAUGGUGGAAAUAUAAUUUUGGAGUAUCUUGAUAAUGAUGUUCUAUUUAUAGAAGACACAGAGUCAUACUUUAGUUAAUCAGUAAAUUAUCACAAACAAAUAAAAUCAAAGAAUUUUUUAGAAGUGUGGUAUUCAAACCAAGUCCAGUUUUCUUUUAAAAUCACUGGUACGCCAGAAUCUGCCCUCGGUUGUAAAGGCACAGUUGCCAUCAAUUUCUCAAUUGCUUGACUGACAAAAGAACUAUGUCCUGAAAGGAAAAUUAGUUAUUAUAAUAACUAAUAUUACAGAUACUCACUUUCUAGAAUAAGUUCUUGCUUUAUUUGGCUGUAUAAUGUCAAUAAUGUUUUCCUAAAUUUUAUAUUUAUUUUUGUGUAAAUGAUGGGAAAAGUAUGUAUUAAAAUCAAUAAAUAAUGAAAAUGUAAA